GCAGCACUGGUCUAUCGUCUAUGGUGUGUCACAUGACCAUUAUUUUGUCCCCGUGAUCAAGAUACAGAAAAUUCAAAAUAAAUUGCAAUGGCCAAAGUGGAAAUAGAUUUAAUGGACGUUCACGAAAACUCCCUCGAUAAUAGUGCCGAUAGUGAAUACUGUGGAAUGGUGGAUGACGGCUCCUUUGAAAGCAGUGAGUGUGAGGGUUCACAAAUAGUGUCAAACGCGUAUCUUGAUGGUAGUGAGGACACCACAUCAUCAUACAGUUUCAAAGAUUUAUCCGGAGCAGUAACAUACAAACUAGUACAAAUGAAAGAUGAAGAACCUAGCGACAUGACCACACAUUCACCAUCUCACGUCAUGCCAAGUGGGGAGUUCUAUGUAAUAAGUAAUCCUGAAGAUAUAUUCAGUUCUUCCAACCCAGACAAGAAAGUCAUCAGAAGGCAGCCCCUACAGCCCAAAGCAGUUACAGCCAAAAAGAGGGAUGACAAAAGACGAGCCACACACAAUGAGGUAGAAAGACGGAGACGGGACAAAAUAAACAGUUGGAUCACAAAGCUGGCUGCGCUGGUCCCUAAUUCUGGACUCCCGGACACUGCCAGCAAAGGUGGAAUACUAGCCAAAGCAUGUGAAUACAUCACAGAGCUGACCGAUAAACAGAAGAAGUUGGAAAAAUUGGAAGUGGACAAUGAUAAGUUGGUAUUGGAGAUUUUGCGAUUAAAUCAUGAACUCACAGAACUGCGUAAGGAGAACUCAGCGAUGCACAUACAGCUUGCUGAGAAGUGUAUCUCCCUGCCUAACACCAGGCCAAAGGGAGAAAAGUCUUAGUGGAAAUUAAUAGUAUGUUCGGACAAUUAUUUAGAUAUUGUGAGGUGCUGACAGUAGUGACUAGAAAAUAGUGGCAUCGGUAGCACUGAACGGAUUGUAAUGCUGUUAUCAACUUGUUGAAUAAGUUAUACUCCAAGUGUAGAUAACAAAUAAGGUAACAGUUAGACAGGUAUAAAGAUAUACCCAUAGAUAAAAGUAGUAUUAAUUUCUUUUAUACAUUUUUUUAUGUUAUCAGGAUAAGACUUGUUGAUUUGUUAUGUAAUAAAUACUAUUAUGAAGUAAGUAGGUACUACAAA